UUAGCUUGAGAAGUAGAGGAAGUUUAAGGCUAAAGAGUUUUCUCUCUUAAUUUGUGAGAAGAGAGGAUCACUCUUUUUUUGCCUUUAACCUUCUUCUCUUCUCUUCUUCUGCUUCUUCUUCUUCUUCUUCUUCUUUUUUUUUUCAUUAGUUUUGUUUGUGUUGAAUUGAAGGAAGAGAUGGCUGGCCUUUCUUUGGACCACCCUUAUGCUUUCGCUUUUGGCAUUCUAGGUAAUCUUAUCUCCUUCAUGGUGUAUCUUGCUCCACUGCCAACAUUCUAUAGAGUGUACAAAAGGAAAUCAACAGAAGGGUUUCAAUCAGUGCCUUAUGUGGUUGCUCUAUUCAGUGCAAUGCUAUGGAUUUACUAUGCCUUUGUGAAGACCAACAUGUUCCUUCUCAUCACCAUCAACACCUUUGGCUGCUUUGUUGAAACUGUUUAUAUUCUCAUGUUCCUACAUUAUGCUCCAAGAAAAGCCAAGAUCUACACUCUAAAGCUGAUGUUUCUCUUCAAUGUUAUCCUGUUUGGCUCAAUUGUCCUCUUAACUAUGCUCCUUACAAAAGGCGAAAACCGAGCCAUUCUUCUUGGUUGGAUUUGUGUUGCCUUUGCUGUUAGUGUUUUCGCCGCUCCUUUAAGCAUCAUUAAACUAGUCAUCAAAACAAAGAGUGUUGAGUUCAUGCCUUUCUACCUCUCAUUGUUCCUAACUCUGAGUGCCGUCUGUUGGUUCGGAUAUGGUUUACUAAGCAAGGACAUCUACGUCGCGAUUCCAAACAUAUUGGGCUUCCUCUUUGGCAUGACUCAAAUGGUGCUCUACACGGUGUACAAGAAUUGCAAGAAAGUUUCAGAAGAGAAAGUGAUCAGUGACUCAAUAACAAUUGUUGUGGUUCCAGAUCAUCAAAUUAUUAAAGAAAAGGAGGUUGAAAUUCCAAGUCAUGAAGGAGAUCAUGAACAGAACAAAGGCACAGCAGUUACAAAUGAUGAGGAGAAUGUCAUAACCAAGAGCACUGUGGCAGCUUGAUUAUGCAUAUAUAUAUAUACAUACAAACACAAAAGAUGAUAUAAACGAAGUUAAAAAUUCGAAUACUAUAUAUAUAUAUAUAUAUAUAUAUAUAUAAGCACUAUUUAGUUACUUUGGUACUUUACAUAUGUUCUGGUAUCAUGCAUGUGGUUUACAUGCGAGAUAGCUUUUGACUGAUACCAUUUUACCCUUUUUCUUUGUGAAAGUUAUUAUCAAAAUUGAAGAAAUAAUUACUAAAUGAAUGUA